GUCAGAGUUGCAUUCAUUCAGACAGCGGACCCUGUCAACUCGAGACGCCAUGCUUUCGAAAGCUGUGCGUGCAUCUCUCGCCCGGCGGUGUGGAGGCGUGCGGCCGGCGCUGCGAUGGCGUGCGAGCUCGCGCCGGACGUGCGUCGUGCGCCGCGACACGCCCAUCACUUGCUCUCCCACCACAACCUCACAGCAGCAUGAGCAGUUGUCCGCAGCAAGUGCAUCUCAUCGUCAACGCCGCAGCCGGUGCGCCGGGCGUCAGCAAGCGCCUCGAGGCCGUCGUGCUCGCACGCCUGCGCAGCGCCGGCAUCGCCGUGCAGCGACACAGCACGCAGUCCGCCGGCGACGGCGCCAGGAUCGGGCGUGAGCUGCGCAGCACCGGGCAGCAGGCCGGCAGCAGCAGCUCCUCGGACGACGCAGGACUCGUCGCCGUGCUGCUCGGCGGCGACGGCACCACGGGCGAGGUGCUCAAUGGCCUCUACGACGCCGAAGGCCGCGGACUGGCCGUGCGCCUCGCCCUGAUCCCGACGGGCACGGCGAAUGCCCUCUACGCAGGCCUGUAUCCAGAGGCAGCAGCUGCUGCGGCUGUCGCUGAGAACUCCGAAGAUGACGCAUGGCGGCUGCACUCGCUCGACGCGCUCCUCUCACAGAGCGGCCAGCUGGUGCCGCUGACUCUCUCUCGCGUCCGCCCCUCCCACGGCGAUGCACAGAAGACAGCGCUGGCACAUCUCGUCGUGUCCCACGCGCUUCACGCAGCCAUCCUGCACGAUGCUGAAGCACUGCGAGCCUCGCACCCCGGCGUGGAGCGCUUCAAGAUUGCGGCGCGGCAGAACAGCACCGUCUGGCAUGCCGGCACGCUCACGCUACACGGCAAUGCCCGAGUGUACGACCCGGCCACGCAGGCCUUCAAAGCUCUCUCUGGCGAGGACAGUACGCUCGAUGGCCCAGUCAUCUACCUCACCGCGAUGAGCACCGACCGUCUCGAGCCCACCUUCGUGCCUGCGCCCUUUGGCUCUCUCGUCGGCGCCGAACCGCCGAGUCCUCUGGCCCGCCCACCUGGCGAUCUCGACGUGCUACUCAUCCGCCCUCUUCGCAGCCCGUGCGUGCAGCGCAAGCUCGCGGGACGCGCGUGGCACGGCACCGCCGCUGAGGACGUGCGCGCGGCAUUCGCUCAGGAGGUACUUUGGCCGCUGACGGGCAAGAUGUACGAGAAGGGCGCGCAUGUCGACAUGCGGUACGCCGAGUCUGGCGGCGAGGAGCCCGGGCGGAUCGGCAGUGAUGGCGCUGGCCCCCUCGUGUUCGAGUACUACCGGGCGCAGGGCUACGACUGGGUUGCCCAUGCUAGCGCCGACACCAGGUCCUUGGUGUGCGUAGACGGGGCCGUCAGCGGCGCAGAGCGGACCGAGGUGCGGACGUUGGGGUCCGCGGAAGGCAGCAGCGUGCAUGUAUACAGAUAGGCAUUGCAGCAUGCAUGCAGGUAGCAGUAGACUGAGUCCGGUG